UUGGUGAUUGUGUGUUUGUGGGUCAGAGGUUCAGCUCUGUUGUUUCUCAGCCGCAGUGGGUUGAGUCACAGGAUUAUUGACGCUGCUUCUCUCUUCAGCUUAGACUCGUUCAAAGACGUCUUGAGAAGAAGAGCAGCUGCAUGCUCCUCCAGUCUGACGCUUAUUUUCCUUCAGAAUGGGGAAAGAGCGGAUUUUACUUUCUCUAGUCUCUCUCUUCAUUUCUAUGGGGAAAUCUGAUUUUGCACCAUAUUUUUAUGAUAAUGGUGCUAACAGCUUCAGUGGAAACAUGGCGUUAUUCAGCGUCGCAGAAGACACAUCUGUUGGAACUUAUCUGUACACACUUAAUGGCUCUGAUCCAGAAGGGGAACUUGUGACCUAUGGCAUGACCUUUGAUAAGGGCUACAAAGAGUAUUUCAGUGUCAAGCCCAAAUCAGGUCAUGUGACUCUCGUUGAAAGUCUGGACAGAGAGGUUCAAGAUGAGAUUGUGAUAUUUGUGAGCAUCACAGAUGGCAGAAACAAGGUUGUGGAAAGAGUGAGUGUGUUUGUCACAGAUGCUAAUGAUGAAAAGCCAGAGUUUUUAAAUCUACCAUUUAUAGUGGACGUCUCUGAGGACACAGAGGCGGGCAGAAGCAUCUACAGAGUCCAAGCUGUGGACAGAGACCUCGGGUCCGGAGGAAGUGUCACCUACUACUUGCAGUCUGCACUCAACACUAAAUUCACCAUUGAUGCUCACAGUGGAGUUCUACGCAUUAAAGCCGGUGAAUCGUUGGACUAUGAGCUCUCCAGAACUCAUUUUGUUACUGUGGUUGCAAAGGAUGGUGGUGGUAAUUAUCUUGGGAAGUACCUCAUUAUGACCUCAUCAGCGAUUAUAACCAUCAAUGUUCUUGACGCUCAAGAUUCUCCUCCAGUAUUUGUUGGUACACCAUAUUUUGGAUUCGUCUAUGAAGUCUUUGUUCCAGGAUCAGAAAUAUUCACCGUAUUCGCGAAGGACGGCGAUCAGAACAACAUCAAUCCCAUUCAGUAUACAAUCCUCAACGGCGGCGAUCGACUCUUCAGUAUCAACAGCACCAGCGGCUGCAUUAGCUUGACAUCAGUACCUGGACAGCUGAGGAAUGAGCUUUAUGAAUUAAAAGUCAAGGCUUCUGAAGUUGGUCCUGACAACCAGUCACUGGACUACACUGUUACCACGGUCACUAUUCGUGUGAUGGACCUCAACAACCACCCACCGACCUUCUACGGCGAGUCCGGUCUGCAGAGCACGUUUGACUUGACCAUGUAUGAGCAUCCACCUGAAGGAGAAAUCCUGCGAGGUCUAAAGAUCACAGUGAACGACUCGGAUCAGGGAGCAAACGCUAAAUUCCGACUGCUGCUGGUGGGACCUGCACGGGUUUUUCGUGUGGUUCCUCAGACGGUUCUAAAUGAAGCUCAAGUUACCAUCAUAGUGGAAAACUCCACAGCCAUCGACUACGAGAAAUAUCACUUGCUCACCUUCAAGCUGUUAGCUGUUGAGAUUGACACUCCAGAGAGGUUCAGUGCGACAGCAGAUAUUGUCAUCAAUCUUUUGGACACAAACGACAAUAUUCCAAAGUUUUCUUCUGAAUUCUACAUCGCCAGAAUCCCAGAAAAUUCUCACGGAGGUUCCAUUGUUGUCGCAGUGACCGCCACAGACCCCGACUCUGGGCUUUGGGGGGGAGUGAAAUAUUCCAUCUAUGGUUCUGGUGCUGAUCUGUUUCUCAUUCAUCACACCUCUGGUGUUAUUUACACACAGCCCUGGGCAUCUUUAGAUGCUGAAGUCAAGUCAAAAUAUAAUUUCUACAUAAAAGCGGAAGAUAUCGAGGGCAAGUACAGCCUUGCUGAGGUGUUUGUGACCGUGCUGGACUUAAAUGACCAUCCCCCAGAGUUCAAUGACAACUUUCUGGAGAAGACCAUGAUUAUUGGAGCACCAGUGAAAAUAGAGGCAGUAGAUGAGGACGCAGAGGAACCCAAUAAUCUCAUUGAAUACUCCAUCAUGAAAGGCGAUCCAGACAACAUCUUCGACAUCAACACAUCUACCGGCGAGAUCAAGCUGAAGCCAUUUAUCAAAUCUAUGGAGAUUGUGCAGAACAUCACCAAGCAGAAAGACUGCAGGUGGUCUGUGGUGGUCCAGGCGCGAGAUCAAGGCUCCCCGUCCUUCAGUACCACUGCUGUAGUGAAAAUUGACAUCACAGAGUCGAAUGGGCUCAAGGGACCCGUGGCUGCCUUUUUAAUGCAGAGUCGAGACAAUCCGAUGAAAGUUGUUGGUGUAGCGGCUGCUGCCAUUAGCCUUAUGGUAUUGGUGACGGUUAUCAUCUCUACGGUUAUGUAUUUACGCAACACAAAGUCUAACAGGAUCACGCCAGCACGUCGCAUCAUACGUAGAAGAGCCAGAGAGCAUCACCAGUGGACCUUCAGACCACCGCUUGGACUCACAGACAGCAAAGGGAACAACAACAGCCCCAGGCCCAUGCCACCCAUCCCCAGAGAUCCUGUCUUACCUCCACCGCCCUCCAACCCCAGCGAGAGGCAGUGGACCGUGCCCACGGUGUCUGGUGUCGUGUCAUCCGGGAAGUCCAGUCGCAGCUGUAGACGGAGCACGGAUAAACUCACAGACGACAUUACAGAAGAUGUGAGCUCGUCUCUGGUGUCUGAGCUCAAAAAGAAAAUUGAGCAGAAAAUCAUUGAGGCCAAUCAAAAUUAUUACUGCUGAAAACACCUUACAGGAUCUGUGUGUGCAGAUGGAUUGAACUUUUAAUGUCACAAACAGUUGUGUUUCAGGCUUCAGCUGUUUUGUAACAUGUUGUACAGUAAUUUAAGAUCUCUGUCUUGUAUCUUUAAAACUGGAAUUAAGUCCUCUGAACAAGUAACUAACAGAUUGUGUGCUUAUAAAAGUAAGAAAAUGGUUGAUUAAAUACUGUUUGUUAUCUAUUGACACUUGUAAAUCACCUCUUACAUCGACUCACAUGUUAAAGUUAAAGCUGCAUAGUCUAAGUCUUAUUUUUAGCAGCGUAAUGCCAUCUUGGCAUUUAUUUCCAUUCAGUCUCAGCGAUCUAAACUCUUAAUAUUAAUUCAACUUUUAUUUGUUGUCGUAAAACAUCAAAUUAAAAAAUGACUGUCUGAAGAGACAUGAAGGUUCUGUAACGACAAAUAACAAACAUUUCGUUAAUGCAUCCUGUUACUGUUUGCUUAUGUGAAUAUUUAUGUUUCUUUAAUGAACAAUCUUGCUUUUGGUAAAAGUGUAUUUUCUGACUGUAUGCCUUUCGCCUGAUGUUUGUAGUUAUUACUGUUGACCUUUGAUUAUGUAAAGGUUAUUUUUCACUGUUUCAA